UUAUUUUCGUUCAUAUCCAGUUCAGAACAAACUGGUUCAUUCGACUUUUUACUCACCGAACCGUGCGAAUUAUCGCUCGUACACAUUUAGCGUGAAGUUCAGUUCAAGUGGGAGUUGUUUACGCCAUUCCGCGGCCGGCUUUCGUAAAGGUAUCACCUAAAAUAAGUUAAAAUGAACAAAUUAAUCGGAAUAACUAGAAACUUUUCAUCAUCAACGUCUUUAAAUGCCAUAAAAACAGUCACAGUAGUUGGCGGUGGGCUUAUGGGCUCGGGAAUCGCCCAGGUUGCAGCUCAAGCCGGCCAGAAUGUAACCAUCAUAGAUGUGAAUGGGGAACUCUUGGAGAAAGCACAGAAGUCUAUCCACACAAACCUUACAAGAGUCGGCAAGAAGCUGUAUAAGGGAGAUGCGGCUAAAGUGGACAGCUUUGUGAAGGAAUCCUUUGACAGGGUGAAGGUGUCCACUAAGUUGGAGGAUGGUGCUGAUGUAGAUUUGGUGGUAGAAGCUAUUGUUGAGAAGCUGGAUGUCAAGCAAGAGCUGUUUAACAAGCUCGAUCAGAUAGCACCUGCUCACACUAUCCUGGCCACCAACACUUCUUCCAUCUCUGUCAAUGAAAUUGGUGCCGGCAUCAAGAGGAAAGACAGAUACGGCGGUCUUCAUUUCUUCAACCCAGUGCCUGUGAUGCGUCUUCUAGAAGUGGUGAAGGGUGAUGAGACUUCAGCAGAGACUCACAAGGCCAUGAUGGAGUGGGGCCAGUCUGUCGGCAAGACCUGCAUUACCUGCAAGGAUACUCCCGGGUUCGUGGUCAACAGGCUGCUAGGACCUUACACUGCUGAAGCCCUGAGAAUGCUGGAGAGAGGUGACGCCACUAAAGAGGAUAUUGACAUUGGCAUGAAGCUGGGCGCCGGCUACCCGAUGGGCCCCUUCGAGCUGGCAGACUACACUGGCAAUGACACCAACCUGUUCGCCCUCGGCGUCAUGUACGAGAAGACCAAGAACCCCGUCUUCGCGCCCAUCAAGCUCCUGGAGAACAUGGUGAAGGAAGGCAAGCUGGGGAUCAAGUCUGGUGAAGGAUUCUAUAAGUACAACAAGAAGUGAAGAAAA